AUGAAUAGAUUGGGACUUACAAGGCUGAGCAGAAGCUUUUCUCGUUUUUCUCAAAGUUUGGAUCACUAUAACGAUGAAGUACUACUAAAAUACUACCCGAAACAUUUACUGAAGUCGAUUAAGUUGGCUCAACAAGCUAUACCAGAAAAUAUAGAGUUUACGAACAAGUCAACUUACCAGUUUGCAUCCUCAAAAGUAUUUUCUGAUGAUCUUUCAAAAUUGGACCCUUUUUGGGAUUACGAUUCUUCAUUACCUCAUAAUCACUCCUCAACGAAUAGCUCACCAUACUAUACACCAUUUAAUAUAAACCAGCCAAAGUUACCGGAGGCUACGUAUCCAGAUGAAGUGAAAGCAUUUGCUUCGAAGGACAAAAUCUCUAAAAAUUUGAUUUUAGCCAAUGCGAUCAAUAAACAGACUCUUAUUGAUCCAUUUUACAUUAUGAAGAAACUGACAAUGAAGCCUAUAGUACUUAAAAGAGUAUCCAACCAAACAGCAAAGGGUAAGAUAACGUCCUUCUACUCGCUGGUCAUAGUUGGCGAUGGAAAUGGUAUGAUUGGCAUAGGGGAGGGCAAGUCGAGGAGUGAUGUUUCAAAGGCAACUUUUAAAGCACAUUGGGACGCAAUUCGUAACAUCCAGUACAUUCCAAGAUUUGAAAAGAGGACUAUCUUUAACGAUAUCGAUUAUAGAUACCAUGGUGUUAAAAUAUUUUUAAGAAAGAAGGAACCUGGGUUUGGCCUUCGAGUAAACCAUGUAAUUUAUGAAAUCUGUCAGAUUUUGGGUAUUAAAGACCUCAGUGGCAAGAUUUAUAAAUCUAGAAACGACAUGAAUAUUGCAAAGGGUGUAAUAGAAGCGUUAACUAAAGGUCAGCGACCAUUGGAUGAGAUUGCACUGGGUAGGGGUAAGAAAAUUGUCGAUAUUAAAAAAGUAUAUUAUUCUGAGUAG